AUGGAGUUCAUUGCUAAGACAACAACCAUCCCUGUUCCGAAAGUCUUUGAGACGCGGUAUGUCCAGAGGGAGCGGGACACGCAGUUUUGUAUUGUGGUGGAAUACAUACCUGGCAAACCAUUGAAUAUAAUAUGGAAGGAUCUAAGCGAGGAACAGAAAACAAAUAUCUGUUACCAAAUUGACGGGUAUCUCUCUCAGCUUCGAAAGCUAACUGGUGAUCGAAUCAUGGCAGCAGAUGGCGGUUCAUUGAACGUGGGCCUUUAUCAAAGGCGCUGGUUGGGUCCCUAUGACACUGUGAAGGAGUUCCAUCACUCUUUGGCCAAGGGCGAGCCGCAUAACUUGGGUGACAAUCAUGCUAUUCAUUUUGCCCAUGCCGAUCUAGCCCCCAGGAAUAUUAUAGUUGAUGAGAAUACGGGCCGUAUCAACGCAAUCAUUGACUGGGAGCGGGCUGGAUGGUAUCCAGAAUACUGGGAUAUUGUCCGGAUGAAUUACGACCGGCCAAGUAAGCGCGAGAUGGGAGGUUAUACCAAGCAUUGGAAGUCCGUUUUCAAUCACAUAUACGAAGAGGAAUUUUCUGCGAUGGUGGAUCUGAUUGAACGAACAAUAGUUCCAUAUCCAGAUGGAAAUGUGAAUGAACCGCGUCCCGACAUUUUAACGUCGUCUGCCACUCAUGCAGAGCAGUUACGAAAGACCUUUGAGACCAAUCUUGAAUAA